AUGGCCUGUAGCGAGUCUCCCAUUGUUGUUCCCCAGCAGACCAGGCUUCCUUUGACUAAGGGGGAAGUCACCAUCAUCAGGGCCCAUCUUCAGGACUGGAAGUCAGUGAAAGGAAAAGAAAGGACCCUUGUCCUGAAAGCUAUACAUAAGGAAGCCGGCCUUCAGGCUCCAACCCGGGACAAAGUUAUCUUGAAGUCGAGGAAAAAGCAACAGACCUACAAGGAAUGGUUGUACAACCAAUGUCGGCGGAAAGCAGUGCCGAAACCCCUCAUUAGAUAUGGCAGGAGAUGGACAGCCCACAGGGUGUUGGUGGAACAGCACAAGGACCAGAUCCGAGCUGAGACCGGAGCGAUCCCAGGAAGUGAGGAUAUGAUUGUUAGGUGGCCUGAGGCGACAAAGACAGUCAUUGACAGUCUGUCUGUGAAAGAGAAGGAGGCGGCACAUAUACUCGCCAAGCAGUGGAACAAUGAAGCAGCUCCACUAAAGGUUCAAGCCAAUGUUGCCGAGAGUAAAGGUGCCGACAUGAUAGAGCAUUUCACCACCGAGAUGCUCAAGCAAGCCGGAAUGAGAGUCUUUGUUCUGUCAGCAUGGCGGGAGAGCAGAGGGAAGUUAAUGUUGGGGACGUUCAUAAGAUUUGAACUCAUUCCGAGAAACUACACCAAUGAUUCUUCUAGACAUGACUUCAAUCACCAAUUUGCCAGUGCCGAAAGCUUUUCAAGCACAACAGAUGUAGAUAGAAUCUUCAUGCCGGAAUGGAAACAAUAUGUGGCAGACCAGUUCGGGAUGUGCAUUGGAGCAGAGUCGGUCAAGGCAACAGUGCCAUGGGGUGAUGUUGUCAAGAACCAAUCAGACGUCUUUGAUAAAACUUAUUGGCCCUCCGGAGUGCAACUAAUGGAACCUUCCAAGAUGGGCAAAGCCGAUGUCAUGACUUUGCUGGAUUUCUGGUAUGACAGACAACACAAACACUUACGGCCAACAUUCUGUUUUAAGGCCUGGAAAGACAAUGAUGGUGACAUGGAAACUCCGUCAAAGUCUUUCCUGAAAGCAUUCAGGCAAGCAACUCAGAAAGGCAAGGGCAGUCAGAAGGUAAAGAACAGAAAAGCUGCAGUAUAUAGUGAUGAGGAUGAACAGAGUACUGAUGAAGAGGUACAAGAGGAAGAAGGGCAAGUAUCUACCCUCAGUGAUGGGGCAACAUCAACUUCCGCUGACUCAAUCAGACACCAGUCGCCGCUGCCGAGCCAACACAAGAGAGUAAGGAAGGCGCAAUCGGCACCCGAGUCCUCAAGUUUAACAGUAUCGGUGAAUACUUUGCCCCAUGUCACUGGCUUUUUGGACUGA